CACAAGGAAAAUCCAUCGAAAAAUAAAAAAGCAUAAAGCGAUAAAGAUGGCAAUGCAGUUCUACGAAAUGGAGGUGUGAAAACGUAAAUGUCGGACGUCGGAAACAUCCCAGGCGACAAAGUGUUUACUGAAAACGGCAGUGAGAGCAGUGAAUCAGGCGUCUUGUUGCGGAAAUUUCAACGUGAAACCGUCGCGAUUGUUCCCCAUCCAGUUUGAGCGCGUCGUGAAUCGAUUCGAGUGGAAAAUCUGCUUCGAUUCGGAAGCGCGGACAUUCCUGACAAUUACUUCCAACUCUUGUGUGCGAGCGUUCGUGCAAGUCCAUCAAUCUCCCGAUGCCCGGGGUCGAUGAUGAAAAUUCCCUUUUUCGUGGCCGUUUCCUGCGUAUGUGAAAAAGUGCAGCGGUUAGGAUCGACGGGAAUCGUGUGAAUUUGAGCGUGAUCACGGCGCGGAAUUGCGGGUGGAGUGUGAAAAGCGGUGAGUUGCGUGUGGGGGAAAAUCGACCGAAGACGACGGGCCGCCGCCGCCGCGCUGUGUCCAUUUUGCAAUACACACAAGGGCGUCCAAUUCCAAUGUUUGCCGCACUGUAAUCGACCCGACCCACGGCCAGAAAACUGCACGAAUCCGCCGUCGCCUCGAACAAUUGGAACCUGCUUCCUGUUUCAGACUGAAUCCUCAAUAACUUUACGUCUCAGUUGAGAUUGAAGGAGCCUGCAGCUUAUAGAAUUGGUGAUGCAUUCGAAAAAAACUGCAUCGGUUAAAUUCCUUCGAACAUUUGUCUCUAAACAAAAGCAUGGAUCCAUGGCUAUAUAACAACAGACAGACAGUUGAUUAUCCGCAGUUUCUGCAAUCACUUGUACAACAACAAGCCGCCACAAAUCCUAUAAUACAGUAUAAUAGCGAGCAACGGGCUCAGCCGACAUUAGCCAGUGCCAAUUUUACACCGAAACCGGCACAUCUUCCGUUAAAUUGUAACUGGCAACAAUCGUCUGAAGCUAAUCAAAUUCGCUCGUCCUUUGAGCCGUACCAGACAAUUGCUGCUGGUACAAAUCAGAUCUUUACGAAUCCUUCGUAUUCAAUACAACAAACAUUAAAUUUAGCUGCAGCAGCGCAAGCAAAGUCUUCACAGGAAACUGCAAACAAUAACCCCAAUUCGCCAUACAGACAUUCGGCUGGCACAAAUCUUGUAGAUUCUUCGGGGCAGUCGGCAAAUAAGCAAACUGUUAAUAAUCAAACGUCGGAGACACCUUCACCAAAUACCAAUCAUAUUAAAACCGAGAAUAUGUACAAUAUUAAUCGGAAUUUUGAUAAAGGUCGAAUAGCAAACCCCGCAAACGCCGGAAAUGCCGAGACCAAUUUCGAGGUUCCAUUCACUCCAGCAAAAGCGUAUAAUAAUGCACAAUCGCAGUUUUUCCUAAUCCAAGAUCAAGAACGUAAGGUGAAUGAGACUAGGCAGGAACAUGAGCCUCUUUAUUUGUACAGAACGACACCGGCGGCAAUGACAAUUUUCAAUACAGCGAGAAAUUUGUUAGCCGCGAAUAAUGUUGCAGCGGAAAGGAUAAAAAUAGAAACACCAUAUUCUGGUAAUGUGGCGCAAAAUGAUGUUUCAAAUGCUGUUGUUAUUACGAGGCGGCCCAGUCCUGCACAGUCUAAUAACUCGCAAAUAUCGAGUCCAGUUUAUCCUCCGUAUAAUAGUCCGAUGAACUCGGUUGAAUCGCCGUCACAAAAUAGUACGGGCAGUAGUCAACCGUCGGACAAUCCUGGACACAUUGUCAUUUAUAAGACAAAUCAACAACAAGCCCAUCAACAGUCCGCAGUAAGCAGUCCCAUUGUUUAUCCGUAUCCUGUGAUAACACAUAAUCCACGCACUCAUGAUCCGUAUUCGGCGGCAACUAUAAAUAUAAAGCCGCAACCCCCAACUUACAAUAAUAAUGCACAGAGUACACAGAUCGGUGCCUUACAUAAUGCCCAAAAGGACGCUGCUACGAAUCAGGUGACAGAGAAUAUUGUGGUGUCUACACAGUGCCCGUUGGCGUCACAGAUUCAGCUGACUCCGAAAGUGAAUAACCAGCAGCAGCAACAUCAACAACAAGUUGUAGAAAAUACCGCACCACCAGCACAAAAUGUUGUUCCGGCACAUACUACGCCAACUACUAAAGGACGACGGCGGAAGACUCCGUUGUCGAAGGCCCAGCAGCAGCAGCAACAACAACAGCAGCAGCAACAACAGCAACAGCAGCAACAACAACAGGCAGUGCAACAGUUGAACCAACAGCAACCAAAUGGUGUGACACAAACAGCAAAUAAUACUCCUUUACAACUAUUUUCAAAUCAGAUAAAUUUCACAAAUAAUCAGCUGCAAAAGCAGCAACAGCAGGCAAUGAUGAGUGCCCUGUGUAUGCCAUAUACAAUUCAAAUGCCAGACAUUCAAGUUCAACAAACCGCUGGUAAGGAUUCGUCGAAUGACAAUCAACCGGCUGUCUCUGUUACUGUAACUGCUGCUGUUGAGGAAGACCUCGUUGAAGAGGAGCCAAAACCGAAGGUUGUGCUGCAAAGUAUCGAAGAAGAAUUCCCUGAGUUAGAUAUAAAACUACCGAAACCGGAAAAAAUGCAAGCAAAUUCGAAUGGUGCCACGUUCAUAGACAGCUACUUAAAGUUCCUAGAUGAACAAUCAGCACCGCCUCAGCAGCCACAGGCGGCCGGAGGCGGGCGAAAAGCUUCACAGAAACCCAUUGUCACUAGCGUGCAAGUGGUAUCGAAUGCAGCGACAACGGCAACAGUUAAUCAAAAUAGCAAUGAGACAAGUGGAGUACAUGAUGAACUUCAAACUCAGCCAACUGAUCAUAUUGAAGUGAAGAAACCAAAGUGGCGACGGAAAAAGAAUACAACGGCCAAUGCUGCUACUGCUGCUGCUAAUAAUACCGCGAAUGCUGCUAAUGUUGCCAAUGUCAAUGCUAAUGCUAAUGCGACAACAAAUUAUGAAGCUGAUCAAGUGGAUCAGCAGCAACAACAGCAACAGCAGCAGCAGCAGCAACAACAACAACAGCAGCAGCAGCAGCAACAACAACAACAGCAGCAGCAACAACAGCAACAGCAACAACAACAGCAGCAGCAACAACAACAGCAGCAGCAACAACAGCAGCAACAGCAACAACAACAGCAGCAGCAAGAGCAAGUCUAUCGAUCGCCGUUGCCGAAAAAAGCUUGUCCUCAAAUAGCCACACAGAUGCCCACAUCGUCUGGCUACUCAUCGUCGCCAUUUCAGCAAAACUCCCAAGUGAAUCCACAAAUGCAAAUGCAGCCAUCACAUCCAUGGUCCAACUUGAAUCCUGGUAAUUCAAUGAUGAAUAUGAUGCAAAACGCUUUCCAACAGCAAUCGCAAUAUACACAAAAUAACGUUGCACCGUUAACCCUGUCAACAACUCAUACACAACAAUAUCGUCAUCAUUUACAAGAAGUACGCAAGGCGAAGGCGAAAGGCAUUGAUGAUCUAAUUGGGACAACAUCUGAAAACGAAGAAGAACCAUUUGCUGAUUCCGAUACCGAUCCAGUGUGGACACCACAGGAUGAUGAAUAUGAUGACGAGCCCCGACAGUCAAAACGGAAGCAACGUAAACCGAAAUCAACAACGCGCUGUAAACAGCGUGCAAACAUUCUAUCAGCUGCUGUUUUAGGUGCGGGCAUCCUCGAUGGAAGCAGCGAAGAAGAAGAGGAAGAGAGUGAAGAAGCUAAAAAUAAGCAACGGGGAGCAGCUGCUUCCCAAAAAGUUUCUGAUAAGUUUAACAUUGGGGACUUCGUAAUUCUAACAUCGGAGCAAUUUAGUAAAACGCCAGUACUAUGGCAAAUCGAUGGGAAAUCCAUCUUACAGAAAUAUGAACCUUUCAUAGAAGGUGGAAAUUUAUUUUACAGGAGUAAACAAAUGUAUACUACCUGGCGUAGUAAUAGUAUCGAAUUCUACACUAAAGUACAAGUUCGUAAAUGUUUCCAAAAUGGCGAUGAGAAAGUUGUUAAGUUGAUAUUGAGCCCUGCGCAAAUAGCCAACGCUGAGUUCACUGAUAAAAUCAUGAAUGAAUAUGUACAAUUUAGCGAUCACUUUCGAGUCUAUGUUCAGGCUCUGAUAUCCCAGUCGCUGCAUAAUGACUUCCUUUCUGAUGUCGGCGAUGAUGAUGAUUUCUUCCAUCCGAAUAUUGCUGUGAUCGACAAUAAUGUUGAGCAAUGUCGGCAAAAGGUUAUAUCAUCUUUAAAAUGGCCAGCAAAAAUCACUGAAGCAAUCGAAACUUGGCCGGUCUAUCGUAUAAUUAGCGAAAUGGAAAUGGAUAAAUAUCAGUGUGCGAUAUGCAGAGAAUUGGCUGGAAUAACGUUUUCGUUGAGUGGCGAAUUGUACGACAGUAAAACAAUGAAAGCGGCCGCGUUUUACACGCAGGCAGCUUCAUAUAAUAAGAACAUAACAAUGUGUCAUAAAUGUAUAACACAUGCCGAAUCACUACAUAAAAUUGUACAUGAAAAAUACAAUUUACUUCAAUUGUGCUCGAAACGAGUACAAGACCUGUUAGAAAAUGCAAAAGACCCUCAUGAAAUUCUUAGGGAGCUUCUCACUGAUUCUGGAUGGAUCGCGGAGCUCUUUUCAAAUGUCCGGACCCAUUGGACUGAGGCCCACAAUAUCGAACGACUUAGUCAACUGAACGAACUGAUGGGAAUGCUGCCACAACUACAAUAAUGUGCUUUCUACUAUACACUUUGCAAUAAAAACUCGACAUCAAUAAAAACAGGCAAAAUAAAAUCCGUAAAAUGAAAGAUUUAAUCCAAUUUAUAACAAUAUCCACUAAGAUCAUGUAAGAAGCGAAAAUAGAAGUAAAUAUUUCAAUUCCUACAGUUCUUUCUUUGGUUAUAAAAUGAUAUUUUGUAUAGAGAUUUAACUAUAUGAUAAUAAGUAUGUAAGCACCCUCGUUUUCUAUUGAUAAAUAAAUGAAUGCAGGAGGAGAAAGUUGAUAAACGAACAAUUAGUAGACGUGAGAUAUGAUAUAUUGAUAAUAACUAAGAUGAUCAUCACUUCUGGAAGUGUAGUUGAUAAGUUUUAUGUAAAACGUACUGUUAUUAAUUUCUUUUUCUGUUUUAAUUAUAACUAGAUUUUAGUAGGGAAGAAAAUAAACAUACAUAUUCAGAAAAAAA